AAAACGUUGAAUACAAGCUGUUUUGUCACCGUCACGAUUUCACUUUCUAUCAUGUUUCAUUCUCACCUGAGAAGGCGUAAUAUAAUGUCAUCAAUGUGACACUAAUAGGUGAUAUUGCGAAGUUAACAGGUUGCUUAGGUGCAGCAAAGACUGCUUGAAGUCACGGGGCGAGUUUCAUAUAUCAAAAUAAAACGAAGCUUGAGAUUGGUGACUUAAACAUAUGUGUUUGGAAUAUUUCAACUAAAACAGUUGUGUCUGAAACUGAUAGUUAAGUAUUCUUCCUGUCGUAAAUAAUAAAAUAGAGAAAUUAGUUUAAAUUUUCUCAUUCCGCAGUCCUCUUGAUAGUCAUGUAUAUAUGUACUGAGUCCGUAGUCAAGCAUUGAGCGUCAUCGAUAUGCGCUCAAACUUAUUUAUUCUCUGAAGACACUGUAUGCUAGACAGUAAAAUGUGGAAUUCCAAUAACUGAGACGUUAGCUGUUGCUUGAAAAGAAAACUAAUGUUUACUCCCUCUUUCACCUACCCAAUCAAACCAUUGUAAAUCUAGGCACAAAGAAAACUAUAAUUGUAAAGUAAAAAGUAUCAAAAGCAAGGCCCGAUUUGAUUCAAAUUAUAAGAAGAAUUUGCACCAACCCCCCCCCCUCCCCCCAGAACAAGAAGAAAGUAAUCUUGUCCGUGGUUUGUUGUGGUUUGGGGAGUCGCGCUUUGCAUAUUUACUAUUGUCCUUAAAACUUAUUUAAUGUAAAAUGACAUGAGAGCCAAAUACAUACCACACUCCUUUUUAUACGACAAGUGCCAAUUUAAAUAGGAGUUUAAUGUCGUUUUAGUUGCGGUUAUUUGAAUAUAUUCCAUGGGAGUACGUAGGUCAAUGUGUUGAACGAAAUGGCAAGAUUUCAAGGACGGGCUUUGUAGAUCCGCAUUCCGCGUUACUCAAGGUUGGAUAUUGACGCGUUAGACACAGUAUUGUAAUAGGCAUAAGAUCAGAAAUCUGAAAAUGCUGACAAUCACAAAAACAACAUCAUUGAUCAUUCUUUGGCCUAUUGUUGGGCUUUUGUGGCCCUGUCAAUUUGGAUAUGGGUCAUCUGUUUAUAGCACGUGGUGCGGACGCCCCCGUAUGGUCAACGUGACUGUGAGGAAAGACAUUUUACCAGGUGUAGCAGCUCCUACUGACAGACCCGGUCUGUGGUGUUGGCAAUUCACUGCAUGUUCAACAGUGUCAAGAUCUCCGACAUGUUUGUGUUUUGGUGAAUCAUACUGUAGAUGUCACGUGUGCUUGUCUCGUGCCAACUUGGUUUUGUCGCUUAGCAACGAGGACAAAACACGCGCAGAAGAUGAUAAUUCGAAGCUGAAAAAGAGCGAAGCAGUUUUCAAUCGAUUUGAAAGCAAGAGUGGAGCCGAACCGAAGAUAAAUUAUAGGCCUAAUGGCAUUUCUCUGAAUAAAACGCGCACGCCUGAGAUUGAAUUAAACAAACAUAACAACAGAUUAAGAAGGCAAUCAAGACGGGAUGGUGCUACCGGAGAGAGACUUUCAACCAGUAAUCUGACAAUCCCACCAGGUAUGCGUGUUUUUUCUCCGUGGACACCACAGACUCGGAUACCUCCGGGAAAACCAAACACCCCUCUUGGGCCGACAGGACCUAUUCCAGUGCGGCCAGGAGAACCACAAGAAAGACCAACGAUUCCUAGAAACGGAAAAUCUUCCCAAGCCCAGAACAGAACAUUGGCUUUGUGUAUUCCAGGUAAAAGUCGGGAAUUUUGCAUUGGAAGGGGCAUGCUUUCCUUCCUGAUGACUGAGACCCCACCGUUAAGGGGUUCGUUUUCUCUAUUAAAAAGCCGGGAUAGUUUAUAUCCUAUUCUAAAGGCAGAAAAUGGGAGACUCCAGUCAAGUCGAAGACAAGGAUCUAGAGGCCCAACAGAUACAAGUGGUACAGAUGGAAGCCAGAUAUCUAAGGAAGUUGUGGAAGUCGAUGUCGAUGACAACAGAGCAUGCCAAGGAGUUAUGAUGUUUAGUAAGCCGGAGCCAUGGCAAUAUACUCACGAUGACGUCACUGUUACCAUGGAACCAGUAGUUUUCGGGGGACAACACCAGAUGUUACCAGUCAGGAUUUGCGCAUGGAGGGUUCAGCAAGACCAAGAUAUAGGAAUAACACUGAACGGAAUCACGAGUUCUGCUAGUUGGACACAACUUUACCGUUGUUGCGGGAACACUGGAGAGUCCAACACGGGUUUCACCUGUGUGGAGGACUAUAGAGAGGUGCCCGUAGUUUACCAGUGCCAGGGAGGGCAGUGCCCGACGGAAUAUAAAGGUCCCGCACAGAAACUGCACCUAGUCAGUAUACCAGUGGCAUGUAUUUGUAAGAACAUUUGAGACAGUGGCGGGUUGGGUAGCGGAGUCGAGUGAGGAUGGAAUCACAGCGUGCAUGGACCCCUUCGCACCCCCCCCCCGAAACAGAGGUGACAUCUUCUCUAUCCUCAAAAUAGUUGAAGGAUCGAAACAUUCAACCGAGCAAUUUGUCCACCUUUGUGCCGUAUAUAUUUUGAUAUCAUUUGUUGAGAAAAAGUAGUUCCACUGACAAAACUGGAACAACUGAUUAUUAAGACAGCGCUGUUCAAAAUAUAAUUUUAUGGCAAUGAAACAUUAAACAAAUAGUUUACUUUUCCAGUUCAAUAAAACUAUAAGGAGAACCGGCAGCUGCAGUAUUGUAUGACGUGAUUG